UUAGCUUGACGCAGCGGGGGAGUCCAAUGGAAGCCUUCGUCGCAACCCGGAGGAAACAAUCGAGUCCGAUUUAGAUUGAAAACAGGAGCCGAUCCCGUUAGAUGGCGUUAUAAAGUGUGUCUGUUCUCAACCGUCCGGGUCUGCGGUACUCUCCGUUGUGGUUCGAUCCCGCUGAUUUGCCUCUGAGGGCGUCUGUUCGGCCUUGUUUAUAUACUGUGCAGGGCAGCUGGGAGAGCCAGGGGAAGCAGGCCCGCCGGUCCUGUGCGAGGUUCGGGUCCGGAGAGUGUUUGUGCGGAUCGGCCCUUCAGCUCACCAAAGAAUAUGACCCAGAUGCAACAAUGACAUCCAGAUUCGGUAAAACCUACAGCCGCAAGGGAGGAGAGGGCACGUCCAAGUUCGACGAGGUUCUGUCCACCAAGAGAGGCACCCUUAGUACCAAAUGGGGUGACACCACCUACAAGGCCAAGGUGGGCUCCAAGCGCGCCGGCGCUCCCAAGAACGACUCUGUCCUGGGGGUUUACAAGAGGCCCCGUCCGUCCGGAGACGGCUUGGAGGAUCCGUUUGGAUUCGACAGCGACGAGGAAUCCAAGCCCGUGUCAUCUCGCAGCGGCAACAAGUCGUCGCCCGCCAAGCCGGCCUCAGCAGAGCCUCCCCAAGCGGAAAGGCCGGGCAUUUCUUUGGAUGCGGGGAGCAGGUCCAGCCUCCAGGGGGGAUCCCACGCUUUGGCGUCCGCUAGAGGGGCAUCAUGGCUGGCCAACGACCCGCCCCGAGUGCUGGAGGACACGGCUCGGUUCUUCAACAGCAGCAGUGCUAGCAUAGGGAAGUCCCAGCCGAGUUCCUUGUUGCCAGACAACCAGCACAGCUACUCGUGGUACCAAAACGCUUCUGAAAGCGACAAGAAGCCCCUGGCGCAGACCACCACCCUGAAGACAGGGUCCAAGGCAGAGUCCUCCUACGACUCCUGGGAUGCCAUCAUGGGUCUCCGUCCACCCUCGCCCAGCCAGGAACCUCGCAACCCCGCCCCCACGCUCUCUUGGGCUACGGCGGGCGUCACCAUGGGCAGCUGUGACGUAGGGCAGACCCGGCGUGAGAAGGCCCCCUCUCCUCCACGGCUCCAGAGCCCAAGCGAGAGCGAGGACUUUGGGGGUGACUCGGACUUCCUCGUCGAGACGUCAGACUACUCCCAGACAUCCUCCUCCUCAUCACUUAUAAGAAACACUAACUGUCGGACGUACAGGAGGCCUACCAAACACGGCUCUGGCAAAGCCUCGGACUCCAGCAGCUUUGCGAGCGCUGCUUUUGACACAGAUCUUCCCAAAACCUCAUCUGAUGGCAGUAAUAAGACGACAGGUGGAGGGGGACGAGGCAGGACGAGGGACUACACAGUGCUGCACCCCUCUUCCAUAUCGAUGUGUAACGUCACCAUCCAGGGCAGAGGAGUGGAAGAGUUUAGUAGUGAUGCAGCACCGUCUAGUGGUAGCAGUAGUGCCGGGUCUGGCAGUACGACAGAGCUCGGAGAGGCGGGAUGGCAGCGGAAGAAGACGGAACAACAAAACACAAGGUUCAGGCCGACCCAGACCAAGUCAAAGAAGGACAGCAAGCUGGAGCUGUUUGGUUUCGAAGACGCGGACGCCCAUCAGGAGGACACCAGCGCAACAGACAACGCAGACGGCGGAUCCAGUUACAAAAUCAAAUACUUUGGAUUUGAUGACAUGAGCGACAGCGACGGCACCGACGAUGACGACGAAUACGGCUCUUCAGAGAGGCGGAGGGCCAAGAAGGCUGCCGUCGCCAUGGGAACCCCGAUGGUUACAGUGGAGGAAAUACCGGAAGAUGAGCCGGAAGAUGAGAUAGAAGAUGAGCCACCAGAUCCCUUCGAGAGGCUGGAGAUUGAAGAAAGACCGGCACCCAAGGAGAACAAGAAACACUUUGCGAGACAGGAGAGCCGAAAACGAACAGAAGUCCUGGACUUCUCCGAGGACGGACUCAGAGUGGUGGCCGGGGCUACCAGGAGGCAAACUCAGAGCAAAGCUACUGAGAAGAACCCUGACUCCUUCCGGAGGAUCUUCAGCGCACACAAGAAGUCUCCCACCAAAGCUGUGUACAAUGCCAGACACUGGACGCUGGAGAAUGAAGAGGAGCCCCCUCCUCCUUUCUUCUCACGAUCACAGACCGCUCCUGCACCAGUCUCUGCAGGAGGAUCCAGUAAGGAGCCCAGCGAUGCUCACAAGGACGACGGUGUUUUUAAGGCUCCUCCCCCUCCUCCAAAGGUCACCAAGUGUGUCACCCUCCCCACAGAUCUCUACCAGGACACCGUCACUGCACUCAAAUGCCGCAAGGAGCACAAGGAGCUGUAUACAGUCGUCCAGCAUGUGAAGCACUUCAAUGACGUGGUGGAGUUUGGAGAGAACCAGGAGUUUACUGAUGACUUUGAGUAUCUGGCCACCGGUCUGAAGAGUGGACAACCUCUCAACACACGCUGCCUUAGUGUGAUCAGCCUGGCUACGCGCUGUGCCAUGCCCGGCUUCAGGAUGCACCUCAGGGCCAGAGGGAAGGUGGCUCAGGUCUUCAAAACACUUAAUGAUGCCCCGCAACACCCGAACCUGGCCCUGUGCACGGCGUCUCUGAUGUACAUCCUCAGUAGAGACCGAUUAAACAUGGAUCUGGACCGGUCAUGUCUGGACCUAAUGAUCCGGCUGCUGGAGCUGGACCAGGACGAGGACCAGGACCAAGUCCAGGACCAGGUCCAGGACCAGGUCCAGGACCAGGGUGGCAAGGCCGUGACGGACUCCACCGGCGCUCAAUUCAGCGCCAGGGAAAUCGCUAAGAUGAAGGAGAAGAUCAGGAAGCUCUGUGACACCGUGCACAACAAGCACCUGGACCUACAGAACAUAACGACGGGUCACUUAGCUAUGGAGACGUUAUUGUCUCUGACUUCAAAGCGAGCGGGAGACUGGUUCAAAGAGGAGCUGCGGCUACUGGGAGGACUGGACCACAUAGUAGAUAAAGUGAAGGAGUGUGUCAAUAACUUAAACCAGGAGGACGAUAAGGAGAAGCUGGUGUCGUCUCUGUGGGGAGCUGAGAGGUGUUUACGGGUGCUGGAGAGUGUGACAGUCCACAACCCAGAGAACCAGAGCUACCUGAUCGCCUACAAAGACUCAUCACUCAUCAUCUCCUCUGCAAAAGCGUUGAGUAGAUGUGAGGAGAUGAUCCAGCGUUACAGCAGGGAGCUGAACUCAGACGGAGCCGUGGUGGGGAAAGCAGUGGAGGACUGUAUGAGGGCCAUUAUAGGAGUCCUGCUUAACCUCACCCAUGACAACGAGUGGGGCAGUACGAAGACAGGAGAACAAGAGGAUUUAAUAAUGACGGCUCUGAACUGUGUUCUCAAAGUCCCUCAAUAUCUUCCUCAAGAACAGAGGUUCGACAUCAGAGUACUGGGUCUGGGCCUGCUCAUCAACCUGGUGGAGUACAGUGCCAGGAACAAGUACUGUCUGAUGGAAAUGGAGAUGGAGGGAGGUCAGGGUCCCUGCAACUCCACUGUCUUGCUGAACCCUCAGCACCAGGACAUCACCAGUGCUGGCCCACUGAGCGCCAUCGCUGCUCUUGUACAGCUGUUCCUCCAGCGGGAGCGGGCCGCCAUCCUGGCUGAGGCGCAGACAGAUGACCUCAUCAAGGAAACACCGAAGCCUGCGGACCAGAGCGGGCAGUGGCAGGAGACCGGCGGGGAGAUCCAGUGGGUCGCCAACGACAACAACAACGAGUCCGACAAGCAGGAGGACGCCAAGAAGAAGGAGAAGGACGAAGAGGACGAGGAGCUGGACCUCAACAAAGCUCUGCAGCAUGCAGGGAAGCACAUGGAGGACAGCAUCGUGGCCUCCUAUACAGCACUGCUGCUGGGCUGCCUGUGUCAGGGGAGCCCGUUGAAUGUGACUACUGUGAGGGACAACCUGCCAAAAGGAGAUUUCUCCAUCAUGACAGAAAUGCUGAAAAAGUUCCUCAACUUCAUGAACCUCACUUGUGACGUCGGCACCACAGGACAGAAGUCCAUCUCCCGGAUCAUUGACUACCUGGAGCACUGCUAGAGAGAAGCCUGUCUCACACACACCCCACACACACAAACACACACACACCACAACUAUCUCAUUCAUCUCUGUCAUCAUCAUCACCAUCAUCCUCAUCCUCCUCAUCUCUGAUUGAGUUCAUGGCUGGAAACCGCUGUUUGUUUCUUCAAACACAAAACAACCAUCAACAUCAUCAUCAUCUUCUUCUUUUUCCUCUCCGUGUUGUGACCAGACGUGCUCCUCAUCCUCCAGUUACAGGAACUUUCCUCCAUUUUCCCUAAACUGACUUCAGAUGGAUUUAACUCUGUUCUGACUUAUUGAGGGAUGUCGGCCCCGAACUCAGCUGUGAUCAGAUUUUAUUUAGAUACAAUUCAAGUCAGUAUUUAUUUUUUUUCCCACCCUUCCUGUAUUUAUAAAAGCUGCUCAGAUUGAUGUUUUUUUUAUUUUCUUUUUUGGCUUUUGAUACAUUUCCUUUGAAAGUUUCCUCACAGUUCAGCUCUCACCUGCUCACCCCCCCUCCCUCGUGAAAACACCCCGCCUUCGUAUCGAUCGGAGGCAGAUUGGAGUGGAGCUGCCAUUUUCUCCAGCCUGUCAUCAAAGCCUUGCACCCCUCCGCUCUGCCUUUGGAGCCGAUAAUCGCCAAAACAACUCGAGUGGUUAGAAGAAAAAACAACUACUGACCAGAAUAAUUGCUUUACACGCUGUGUUCUUCUUCUUCUUCUCUCUUCUCUUUUUGCUGCUUUGAUCUCUCGACUCUGUCGGAAGGAGGCAGUUUGAGGUAGAUAAAUCAAAAGUAUUGAUCUUUCCUCACCCAAGAGCACAGAAAUGGCAAGAGUUCAGACCCUGAAUUGCAGGCUUUUGUGACGUUAAGGUGGUAUUUAAGGUGGGACCGCCUGCUCGAGGUUUGUUUUUAGGUGUUUUAAUCCGUAUAGAACCAGAAAUCUUCUCUCUUCGCGCUUUUCUUUCCUCUUCAACCUCUGUAGCAAACUAGUGGAUUUUAAAUUGGUUGUCCUUCUCAUGCCGUUAUCGAAACGGGUGCUCCUCCCAGCAUGCCAAGCACCCCCUGGUCAGUCAGCACCCACCAACACACAGUCAGCAGUCAGUCAGCACCCACCAACACAGCUGAGACUAAAACACAAUUGACCCUUGAAGGUGUUCAAAUUCUCUGGGAAACUUUAAACGACUCCCCGCCCCCGUCCAAAAGUAGAAACUUUUUCCUUUCACAGAAUCGAUCGUCCUCUCACUCGACAACAAAGCUUUGUGUCUCAGUGGGAACCGAGCCCCCCGGACCAGAACCUGUCCUCCUUCAGGUCCUUUCAAUUACCGUUCGCGUGUGUGCUCGUCGCUCAUAGAAGAGCCUUCAAUUACAGCACAAAGGCAGCCGGGAUGCCCCGGUCCAAGAGGUGAAGACGUGCUGCUUUUCUUUAGUUUGAACCGAACCACCGGCCAAUACAGGCUUUCAGCCAUCAGGUUGAUACUUUUUUCUUCCUGUUGGGCUGUUUUUAGACUUCAGCUGUAGCUGUCAAAUCCAAAAGUUCACAGUUUGUAGUUACACUUCAUAAAAAAAUCCUCCUUUGAUCUUUUUGACAUCGUUACAGUUCCCUUAGCCUGCGUUUGUGUUCCCAGAAUGCAUUUCAGCAACACUAGGGGAAAGUUUGUAAAUUAAAAAUAGGUGUCCUUUCUGGUGGAUUUUCCCCCGUAUGUUGAUCGUUGAUUGGUCCAAAAUGGCGACUCAAAGAUGAAUUCUGUCUGGACUUCUGGUCUGCCUCAUUGUGAAACAUCUUUUGGUGUUUAUCCUCCAGCAUUACGCUUGUACACGCUUCUAAAUGCUUGUUAACGUUAAUAAGUUAUUAACAACAAUGUGGCUCUAACUAGAUAAAAAGUGAAUGUUGAUUUUAUUAAGUUAGUUUUUUUGAGUUUUUUAAUAUGGCUCCAAUGCCAAAAACACUGGAUCCUACGAGUCCCAUCAUGCAACUGGAUAGCGCCUUUGACAUUGUCAGAUGUUUUCAGACCAGAGACACAGAAGAACUGUUACCAAGACGAAUAAACUGAGUGCCCCUUUAAUGGCUUACAACUCAUUAAUAAAGGAUCCAUUACCUAUUAAUACAGCCAAUAGUUAUAGCGUCAAUCGGCCUUAUUAGAACGCGGUACCGACUGUUCUUCGCUCCGUCUCGUUCGCAGUGUUGAAGACGAGCUGGUGAGGUGAAACUCAGAGGAAGGAUGUAAAACAGGCUCUUAGGUUUAUGAUUGGAUGUUUCACUUUCCAAACACAACGAACGUGUUGACAAAAUGAAAAGUGACAAUGUUGUAAUUUAUUUUUUUAAUCACCUGAUCACAUUUUAAAGCUUUUGGUUAUCGAUCGUUUGUUCCUGGAACUUCUCCACAGUGUUCGGCCAUCAGGGCAGAACCAUAAAUCUUCCCCCAGACAGUCUGAGAAAGCCUGGAGGUCUUUAGUUGGUGUUUUCUGAUAGUCCAGGGUGGGACAGAGAUUGUUUGAUUUGAUGUUCCGAUUUGGAAAUGAAGAUAUAAUUGUAUAUUUUUUUGUUCUUUCUGAAUACAGACGAGUGCUGUCACAUUUCUCCUGUUUGUAAAGGUUUGAAGCACGUUGUCAUCGAGCAUGUUCAUCCCGUUAAUUUUCAUUUGCCUGUUCCUCUGUGAUCAUUAACACACACACACACACACACACACGCUGACACACACAGUUUAACCCUCACACUCCUUUUUUCUUUAAAGUUUACAAGAGCUUUAUUCACAGACGUCUGGAAGAAUGAAUGGAAGAGCUUUUUGUACAUAGUUCUUGUACAUAGAUUGAUUUCCUCACGUAGGAGGAGAGGCUGAUGGGUAAUGGGGAGGGUGGGAUUGUGGGUGGGGUUUGGGUGGAGCGGGUGGGUGGGGGAUUAAAUUUAAAUUUAGACCUGGUAGACUCUACUUUUCUGAAUCUGACUCUAUUUUUCAUUUUCUAAAGCCUUUUCUCCCGUCGUGUUGUUGUUUUGGACAGACAGACAGAGAGCUUCUUAACAAGCCAACUGCAGGAAAACUUGACCUUUGUACCAAUUUGCAGACUGAUGUCUUUGGUUACCUGUACAUAAUUUUAAAAUAAUAAAAAUUGCUACUUUCAGUA